AUGGAUCCCAACGGAAGGCGAAAUCUCUACAACAGGGGAUAUGACCCAACGGCAUCAUCAUCUUAUCACCCUAACUAUGCUGCCACGGAUAUGGAUGAAGACUCAAUCCACUACCGAGAAGAUGCAAGCUCAGUGAGCUCAUUGUCACCAACUGGCUACGGCAGCGCCAGGAAUGCAUACGCCGGAUCCUACUCAGACGCAUAUGAGUACGCCGGGGCUUCCAGUAGUACCAGAUCGCGAGCUCAACCUUCUUACCAUCAUCACCAUCUACCAGAAACGGACCAAUGGACCUCAAUGCGUGCAGAAUACGGUGACAGCCUGCACAGCUUGGUUGGCAAAGAAGGGAUGCCUUCUCCCGCCAGACGACCGCAACGACCCAGGAUCAGAUUCACUCCAGAAGAGGAUCAGCUCUUAAUCGAGCUUAAAGAACAGAAAAAUCUCACCUGGAAGCAGAUUGCCGACUUCUUUCCUGGGCGCAAUUCAGGCACGUUGCAGGUGCGUUAUUGUACAAAGUUGAGAGCAGAAGCCAUGCCAUGGACCAGAGAGAUGGACCAGAGACUUCUAGAAGCUCUACAAAGUUAUGAGGAUGAGAAAUGGCGAAUUGUUGCGCACAGAGUUGGGAAUGGGGUUACGCCGAUGGGAUGCUGCGAUCGGGUGUGGGAGCUAUUCAACAUUCAGGUUGACGAUGCUUCUCCAUUCACGUUUGCAAACGACAAUUGA